AUGGCAGCCAUUGAUCUGGAGCGUGGGCUGGAGCACAGUGGUCGUGGAUGGGGACAGGAGAGGCCGGAGCUCAUGGACAACUUUGAUUCGGAAAUGCAAGAAUGGGAAGACCAACUACAAGACAUCCAGAAGAAGAUUGAAGAGUUGUACAACGAAGUCCAGGCUAGAAGAGGAGCUAAUGAUGUCACCAAUGACAGCCAAAAGAACGACGGGGAAAAAGACAGUGAACUGAGACAGAUUGGACCCAGGAGUCAUCAACACUAUUCCAAUGGCUGCAAUGGGUACAAAUACCCGGACAGUAACCAGAAUGGCUUUGGAUACUGUCAGAACAAUGGCAUACAGGAGAUCGGAGACAUUCUACAGGACUAUUUAGGACACAGGAAGCAAGCAAGCCGGAAGAACAAUGCAGUGCGUCAUGUGCGCUUUAGCGACACAAUCAAAGUGAGCUCAGAUGUGCCUUGUUUCAAAGACGACGGGAAAACUACAUCAGGAAGUGCACGGACUGGCCAAGAACAGUUUUUUGAAAGCUUUGUAGAGAAUGAAAACAAGAAGAAUCGUGUGUCUCAGUGCAAAGAAGGUUCAAUUAAUAAAGAAAAUGGAGGUGGGAAGCCCCCUUUAAAACAGAGAGAAGCACAACCACGUCAAGUAGGACCAACUGAAUCUCCAGCUCUGGACAGAAAGUGUUUUGGUCCAGCCGGGCUCGUAGACAUGAAGGGCAGCCCUUCAGUGCUCAGGAAGUUUGGAGCCAUGCUCCAUGAAAAUGAGGGCAAACUUCUCACUGAGUCCGGAGUGGUGUCGCCUCAGGCCCCAGAGCCAAAGUGCCCCACCCCCAGCUGUCAGCGGAAAGUUCUAGGAGGAAGGAUGCCAGGACGUGUGCCGACACAGAAAUGCCAAGCUGAUUGUGAUGUGCAGACAGCAGAAGCAGACAUCAGCCAAGAAGGUCCCUCAGCUACAGACUGUGGCCGACAGCAAAAGGAUCAGAGAGGAGGUUACACUGCCUCCAAAGGCCAGCCCAGCCCACAGCAGGCUCUGCGCAGGCCCCAGGUACAGGGCAGCCCCAAACCCCGGCCUCGAGCUUACAGCUCAGCAGAUAAAGACAGAGCGAGGAGGCCACCUGCCCACCAGGGGGAGCACAAAAUGGACUACACUGCUUUAAAUGGUAACUCAUCGAGACAGAGGACCGGGAUGAGGGACGAAGGACUCAUUGAGUUACUGGACAUGCUCGACAUCCAACAUGAAUACAGCUCCAGCAACAGCACUUACAGACAGGACACAGACAAGGAGAAUUUAACUUCAAUACCAAAGAACUUUUCAAGGCCAGCUCGACCAGCCAACCAAAGGCCCCCAUCCAGAUGGGCCAGUCGGGCCCCUGCCAGAAACAGCACCGCAUCAGGCCCAUUGUACCGACCACCAAGUCCCCGGACCAGGACCCCCAGUCCCCUGACCAGGACCCCAAGCCCUGCACCCAAACAUCGGAACUUCAUCCCAUAUUCUCUGCACACAGAGACUGUCAUCAUGUGA